CCUCUUAGUACUUAUUGGGCAUUAUACUCCACGUGGAAAGUAUGGAUUUUGAGAUAAGCAUUAUGCAUUUUUCCGAGUAGUUUGAAAGAAACUGAGAAGAUCAGUGUCCUGUUGCUGGUCUUUUUAGGAAUAUUUUAAGAUGGGGGACCUAACCACUUUUAAUAUUGAUGCUGAUCGCUGGGACCAGACCACCUUCGUAGGAAGACUGAAACACUUUUUUAAUAUUACUGAUCCAAGAACUGUACUUGUAUCCAAUAAGGAGCUGGAUAAAGCCAAAGUACUAGUGGAAAGCUGCCGGUCCGGUAAUAUACCAGCUAAUACAACUCAAGAACAACUUUACUAUGCCAAGAGAUUGUAUGACUCUGCCUUUCAUCCUGAUUCAGGAGAAAGGAUGAAUCUGAUUGGCAGAAUGUCUUUCCAGGUGCCUGGCGGUAUGGCUCUUACUGGCUUCAUGCUGCAGUUUUACAGGAGUGUUCCAGCAGUGGUAUUCUGGCAGUGGGUUAAUCAGUCUUUCAACGCUUUGGUAAACUACACAAAUAGGAAUGCUGCAUCACCUAUCACAGUAAAGCAAAUGGGCAUUGCAUAUGUUUCAGCAACUUCAACUGCUCUGGCAACAGCUGUGGGUCUCAAUCUGUAUACCAAGAAAGCUCCACCUCUGCUUGCUCGAUGGGUGCCAUUCAUUGCUGUAGCAGCUGCUAAUUGUGUGAACAUUCCAAUGAUGAGGCAGCAGGAACUAAUCAAUGGGAUCACUGUUACAGAUGAAAGUGACAACAGACUUGGAAAUUCCAAGAAAGCAGCGGUUAAGGGUAUCACACAAGUAGUUGUCUCUCGAAUAACAAUGGCUGCUCCUGGAAUGAUUCUUUUGCCAAUUUUGAUGGAACAUCUUGAGAAAUACCCAUUUAUGCAGAGAAUAAAGGUUUUACAUGCACCUCUGCAAGUGUUGCUGGCUGGGGGGUUCCUGUUGUUCAUGGUACCAGCUGCCUGUGCACUUUUCCCACAGAGGUGUUCACUGGAAGUUUCAAAACUGGAGCCUGAACUAAGAGACAGAAUUCUGGCCAGAUAUGGGGACAACGUUCAGUAUGUCUACUUUAACAAGGGACUGUGAGCCUCUGCCUACAGUGAUUUUGGAGGGGUUAGUUGCUGAAGGCUGUGGUUAACCUUUUUAAGCUGUGUGGGCAUCUUUAUUCUUAUGUCCCCUUUGUCACAUUCCCUAGUGGCAUUUGGUUGAGUAUGGCCAUGCCAUUUUAAAGGAUCAUAAUGCUCCAUUUUCAAGGACACUGCAAAUAAAUAAUACAAAAAAGAUACAGUUCUGAUUACUUUGACCAGUUUCAACUAGAAGAGCUCAAGAAUGUACUUUUGGAACUUUAGAAGGACCUCUUGAUGAGUCUCUGACUGUAUGCUGGCUACAGGCUUAGGGUUUUUUUUGCUCAGAACUCGUAGUUUGUGGUAAAAAGUGCCUUUUGUACAAAACUCAGUUUUACUAACUGGUUCUCAAUUUCUACACAGUGUUUACCAACUGGGAAAAAUCAUUAACUAUAAUGAAAAAUACACAGUGUUUGCGGUGUUUUCUCUGGAAUCACCAGAGGUAAUCUCAUUUUUAAGGCUAAUUCAGUGAAUCACAUAGGAUAUCAGGUGUUGGACCAGUAGAAAAUGCAUUGUCAAGCUGGCACUUCUUUAGUCUCAGUAGAAGAACAUUGUGCUUUCCAGGUAUACUUUUCAAGAGAAUUUUAUAUUUAAGAAUGUGUACAGAAUUUUUAAGAAAUUAAAGAACUGGCAUGAUUGACUUUUAAAAUGUUAUUUGAGGGAAGGAAGGUGACAGAAAUGCACAUAAGCCUAAAAACUAUUCCUUGGGAGGCUGUUGAAACAGAUACAAGACUAAUGCACAUCAGCGAGAGACAACAUUGCAACUUUGGUUACAGCAGUCUUAAGGAACUGUUCCAGCCAGUGUCAAAACCCACACACUAUGCUGUAAAAUAAAACAUCCCUCCCCA